UAAUGUUGGAACUGCUUUAUAUAUGGCUCCUGAAGUAAAGAAAUAAAGGAAAAAAUAAUAUGAUUAAUCUAUAGAUAUAUGGUCAAUGGGAGUUAUUUUGUUUGAAAUUUUAACAGAAUAAACUUUAUUUAAUGAAUAAAUUAUAAAUUAAUUGGAAGAAAUUGAAAAUGAAGAAAAGUUAUAGUCGUGGGUAAAUUUAAAUUAUCAGUAAAUAAGAUAAGAAAUUUUAAAUAUCAGAUGAAUUAAUUAAAAGAAUGAUAAUAAUGAAUUCUGCUGAUAGAAUAAAAGGAAAGGAAAUUAUCUAAAAAAUUAAUAAAAUGUAAAGUGAAGGUGAGAAAAAGAUGUUAUAUAGAACAAAGCAUUACAAUUAAACCCCAACUAUGUAAAUGCUUAUAAUAAUAAGGGUAACAAUUAAUAUUUGAUAUUAAUAACAUUAGGCAAUUCCUUACAAAAUUUAAAGAGAUAUAAAGAAGCUAUUGAUUGCUAUAACAAAGCUUAAUAAAUUAACAUUCAUUUAGAUUAAGCCAGAU